AUGACCGCCCGUGCACUCCUUCGGACAUCACGCAUCACUGCGCUCAGCUCGACGAGCUCACUGCGACCAUUUUCUUCGUCGCGGACUAUCCUCCUUACUCAAUCUGAAAAGGACAUUGUAAAAGCAACCGUACCAAUUCUCGAGAGCGGCGGUGAAGCCCUCACGACGCACUUCUACCAUUUGCUGCUUGGCAACUAUCCCCAAGUGAAGCCACUCUUCAACAGCGCCCAUCAAGGCUCAGGCCGUCAACCUCGUGCGCUCGCCGCCGCCGUUCUCGCAUACGCCAGGCACAUAGAUGACCUCACUCCGUUGCGCGAGGCCGUGACGAGGAUCACCAACAAGCAUGUCGCACUGCAAAUCCUCCCAGAACAUUACCCACUUGUUGGCGAGUCGCUUCUCCGCGCCAUUCGUGAAGUUCUUGGCAAAGAUGUUGCCACGGACGAGGUCGUUGCUGCAUGGGGAGCAGCAUACGGGGAACUUGCCGACAUUCUCAUCCAGGCGGAAGAGUCCAUCUACCAUCGACUGGAGACGGUCCCCGGAGGAUGGCGUGGUGCCCGGAGGUUUCAGGUGGCAGACAAGGUGCCGGAGACUGGUAUCAUGACAUCCAUCUAUCUCAAGCCCGUGGAUGGCAAACCGAUUAUCGAGCACGAGGCUGGUCAAUACAUUGGUCUCUGCGUCCAUGCCAAUGGGGUUGAGCAGCGCCGCAACUAUUCCGUCUCAGAGUCGGGCAACGGCGAGUACCUUCGGAUAUCCGUUAAGCGUGAGCCGGGAGGCGCGGUAUCGAACCACCUCCAUGAUCACGUCCGGAUUGGCGACGAACUCGAUGUCUAUCCUCCCGCAGGCGAGUUUGUCCUCGAUGCAUCGCGGGCGAACGAGCCGUUGAUUCUCAUUUCUGCCGGUGCUGGUAUCACUCCGACUAUUCCCAUGCUCAAGGACGCUCUUGCUGCCGGUCGCAAGCAUAUUACCUUUAUCCACUGUGCUCGCUCUGAGGAUGUUCACGCGUUCCGUCCUCUUACCUCAAGUAUCGCUAAGGAGAAUCCCGACAGGGUCAAGGUGUACACCGUCUAUGAGACUACAGACCCCCACCACCUUGCCGAUGCGACAGGCCUGCUCUCGAUCGACCAGCUCAAAUCGUGGCUACCACAUGCGAAGAAAUCGGACGUGUACUUUUUGGGACCCAAGCCGUUUAUGAAGGGAGUCAAGUUCUAUUUGGCGUCUAUGGGAGUGCCGGAAGAGAGAGUCCACUACGAGUUCUUCGGGCCCGCUGAAGACUUGGAGACUUAG